AUGGUAGUGAAUCUCUACUAUUGGGCCAAUAAUUCAGACACACCGGGGGAUACAGACGAUAUUACCGAAUCUGAGCCGGCUACAGAUCAGAACAAAGCUACUGUGCCGGAUGUGGAUGAUGAAGACAAUGAUCACAAGGUCGAGACAAUAAAAGAAACCACUCAAAAUAAUGAUAUCGGUGGCCACGAAGUCAACAAAGGUGCAGCUGACGCAUUUGAAAGCAAAGAUCUGAAGACGGAACCUGCCAAUAAAGAAGAGAACAACCAAGAGGGUGUCGAUGAUGAUCACAUGAACACGAAAAUUGGAGAUGACGAGAACAACAAAAAAUAUGCGGUCACAGUUGAUCCAGUUGAAAAUGAAGUAGCUUUUGAAGGUACUACCGCCAUACCGGAAAACGGAGACUGGACAGCAGGCUCAGGGCAUUCUAACGAACGGAACAGAUAUACUCACGAACAAUAUGUGGAGAAAACGACCAUCGGAACGGAAAGAGUGACUGACACCAUCACAGAGGAGGGCGGGACAAAUUACCAAGGAGAAAAACGCACCGAAUCGGCAGAUGCUACCAAUCCAUCGCACACGAGUGACCCGACAACGGACUCAUGGCAUUCUACGGAACAGAGCACGGAUAACCACGAAGACAGGGGUGGACAAGGCACCGUAGAACCCCAAGGAUCCGGGAACACCACAAAGAAUAGUGAUGAAGAUGUUCAAACAGUGGCACCAAUCGAAGCAAAAGGUAGGAAAGACGCCUUUACGAAGAAUCAAACGUUUAAAAGUCGCAUCUGA